UCGGCUGUCGGCUACCGCUUGUUUGCUUUAUUUAUAUUCUCUUUGUGGGUGCUUGUUUUUGAUUUAAAAAUACUGUAUUUUCAAUUAAAACCAUAGUAUUUAUGUGUUAAUAUGGACGACGACGACUCAUCAAGCGACGUGCAAGCUGUGGAAGUAAUCGAGGAUGGCAGUAAUGUUGAAGAUAAACCCAUCUUGGCUCUCUUCAAUCGUCUGAUAGGCAAUGACAACAAACAAAAUACAGUUUUAACCAACACACAGAUGAUCUCGAUACUAAAUAAAGAAUUUAAUAUUGACACGAGCAAACUGCACGAUUUGGAGGUUGACAUUUAUUUGAGUGUCACGAAGAAGUUCUUGAAAGAUUGGCCGCAAUGGGACGAAUUUGACAACAUGAUGCAUUCCCUAAUAAAAGAGAAUAAUAAGGAGAACUUAAAGGCAAUAUUGCACACAAAAUACUGCGACUUGAUCAGUUAUUUGAACAGAAUGUUGGAAGAGGCGAAACCUAUGGCCCGGGAAGCUGUAAAGUAUGCACAGGAGCAGAAACCAGUUGUGGAUUCGGAGGCAACGGACGUCAUCAUGGAAGUGUACUGCAGCAGAGCACAAUUAAACGGUUUAUUCUAUCAACAUCCAAAUCCCGAGCAAAACUACACAGUGUUCAACAUGAACGUCAGCGGACCAUCAACAAUAUCUCUCGAGGUACCCAGUUAUAAAAGCAUACUCAACUGGUUCAAUAUCACAUUUGCACUUGGAAGCAACUCAUUCUACAUAACGCGUUCCUUUAAACAUGAACUGAGACAUACGCUUGUCAACAAGAACCUGAAAGUCAAAACUAAAGAAAUUGAAAUGGUGAAUUGCAAGUUUCAAGAAAAAUGCACACAUUCUGCCAAAAAAUGUAAUAAAAAAACACUUUUGGGUGUUAUAAACGAAUUGAGAAGCAAGGAGACGGACGAUGAAUCGGUAACGAGCAUCCUGUUGGACGUGAUUGAAGAAGAUAUAAAAGACUUGCCUGCUCAAAUAAAAGUUCCUGGUGGGUACCAGAAGUAUCUGUACCCAUAUGCUUAUGUGAGAUAUCUGUACACUGAAGUGCCAGAGGCAACCAACGAUCUAACGUGGAACAGAUAUGAUUUACAUCUGGAAGAGUUAAUGCGUCCCCUCUGUAGAUUCUUCAUUGGCAAACUCAAUCUGGAUGAUCGGAAUACUAAAUGUAAUCCCAAACAAAACAGUAAUCAAGUUUUAAUUGAGUGCAGAGCGUGUUCCGUUUCAUUUUCUAAAGCAACAAUGUUGGAGGAUCUACGUCAACAUAUUUUGACCGUUCACAUGAGCGAACCCGAUUUUAAGUGUACCAAAUGCCAUAUGGUGCUGUCUGUAUUGUCACUGACCCAAAACAGGUGGAUGCAUGAAUGUCAAGAAUAAAGGAGAAUGGGCGAAUCUGGUCCAAGAACCUCCACUGAUGAGACUUAUAUGUAAUGAAAGCUUAUGCUUUCUCUAUGAAUCUGGCAAAGUUCUAUCAGAUUCUGUCCCGGGGUUCUUUUUUUACGGCCAUGUUUGUCCUGGCUAAAAAUGUGAUAAAAUACAGUGGGAGCUAAAAUCGGCUCAAGAUUUGUUGCUGGAUAACUAAGUCUACAUAAAUAAUUAUGUAUCAUAUUGUAUAUCAUUUUAAAGAGGAUCUUUUCCAGAAUCCGAAACAUAAAAAAAAAACAAAAAAGUCUUUAUAUAAGCGAAUUAUAGUCAAUUUGCAUCUGCAGCGCCAUUGUUUCUCGGUAGCUAAGUUCAAGUUUCAUGCCUUUUACCCCUUCCAAAAGUAUCUUACCAAUUUUUUUUAUAUUGCUUCCGGAAUUUGAUCUGAGUGAUAAUAACAAGAAAAAUAAAUAGACACCUCUCCGAUAGAGACCGCCUAAGCUAUUGCCUAUUGCAAGAAAUCGUCAUCAUUAGCAAGUCAUUACGGUAUUGCAUAUUAUAAGCUUAUCAGCAACUUGGAACUUGGUCCAAGAACCUCCACUGGUGAGACUUGCAUGUAAUAAUAGCUUAUACUUGUCCUAUGAUUCUGGCAAAGUUCUAUCAAACUCUGUCCUAGGGUUUUUUUACGGCCAUGUUUGUCCUGAGUGUACAGUAGUGGACUGCAAAAUCACCUCAGGAUUUGUUGUCGAAAAAUUAUUUAACUAAGUCUAUAUACAUAAUUAUAUAUCAUAAUGUAUAUCAAUUUUAAAGGGGAAGGUUAUCAGAAUCAGAAACACAAAUAAUAAAAUGCAUUAUGUAAACGACUUUUAUCCAACUCACGUCCGUAGCACCAUUUUUCUCAGCAGCUACGUACGAGUUUCGCGCCUUCCAACCUUUCCAAAGAAGCCCAAUCAUUUUUUCCUUCUUCUGAUAUUGCAUUCUUAACCUGACAAGUGACAACAACAAGAAAUAAAAUAGAUACCAUUCCGAUAGAGGCCGCGUAAGCUAUGGACCUAUUGCAAGAUAACGUACUCAAAGGCUAGUCAUUAUAAUCCAACAGACGUAACAUGAUUACAAUGCGGGAGGACGCAAAUGUAGUAUGUUUUCUUUCACCACAAUAUUGUUUUAUUAAUCCAGGCUUAUAUCUUGUCUUAUAAACAAUGCCGAAUGGUACAACAAACGUAUCGUAAACGUAAGGUUGCCUGGUAGUAAUUGCUACCUUGGCAAUAAAGCCGCCUUUUGCACCAGUUAUUGCCUGAACUUGUUUAAUAAAUGUGUUUCUUUUGUAUACAAUAGAGUCAUUGUAUUGCAUCUUGAUUAGAAUGACUUAUUUCUUGUUUCUCUCGUACUAAGCUGUAUACUGUUAGUGUUAAAGAGACACAUAUUUCGUCUCUUUCGCAUAAGGCGAUGUACUACAUUUCCAUCCCGCCGCAUUCUAAUCAUGUUACGUCUGUUGGAUUAUAAUGACUAGCCUUUGAGUACGUUAUCUUGCAAUAGGUCCAUAGCUUACGCGGCCUCUAUCGGAAUGGUAUCUAUUUUAUUUCUUCUUAUUUUUUUUUAUUUUUUUUUCUUUGUUGUCACUUGUCAAGUUAAGAAUGCAAUAUCAGAAGAAGGAAAAAAUGAUUGGGCUCCUUUGGAAAGGUUGGAAGGCGCGAAACUCGUACGUAGCUGCUGAGAAAAAUGGUGCUACGGACGUGAGUUGGCUAAAAGUCGUUUACAUAAUGCAUUUUUUUUAUUUGUGUUUCUGAUUCUGAUAACCUUCCCCUUUAAAAUUGAUAUACAUUAUGAUAUAUAAUUAUGUAUAUAGACUUAGUUAAAUAGUUUUUCGACAACAAAUCCUGAGGUGAUUUUGCAGUCCACUACUGUACACUCAGGACAAACAUGGCCGUAAAAAAACCCUAGGACAGAGUUUGAUAGAACUUUGCCAGAAUCAUAGGACAAGUAUAAGCUAUUAUUACAUGCAAGUCUCACCAGUGGAGGUUCUUGGACCAAGUUCCAAGUUGCUGAUAAGCUUAUAAUAUGCAAUACCGUAAUGACUUGCUAAUGAUGACGAUUUCUUGCAAUAGGCAAUAGCUUAGGCGGUCUCUAUCGGAGAGGUGUUUAUUUAUUUUUCUUAUUAUUAUCACUCAGAUCAAAUUCCGGAAGCAAUAUAAAAAAAAUCGGUAAGAUACUUUUGGAAGGGGUAAAAGGCAUGAAACUUGAACUUAGCUACCGAGAAACAAUGGCGCUGCAGAUAUAAAUUGACUAUAAUUCGCUUACAAAAAGAUUUUCUUUUGUUUUUUUUUAUGUUUCGGAUUCUGGAAAAGAUCCUCUUUAAAAUGAUAUACAAUAUGAUACAUAAUUAUUUAUGUAGACUUAGUUAUCCAGCAACAAAUCUUGAGUCGAUUUUAGCUCCCACUGUAUUCUAUCACAUUUUUAGCCAGGACAAACAUGGCCGUAAAAAAAGAACCCCGGGACAGAAUCUGAUAGAACUUUGCCAGAAUCAUAGGGAAAGCAUAAGCUUUCAUUACAUAUAAGUCUCAUCAGUGGAGGUUCUUGGACCAAGUUUCAUACAAAAGUGCCCAUUGUCAUUUAAUAUGAUCUGGAGUUUUUUUAUUUCAUGCUCUUUCAACUAAGUAUAGCCCUCUAUGGAUGUGAAAUUUGGACACUGACACGGAAGGACAGAAAGAAACUCGAGGCCUUUGAGAUGUGGUGUUGGAGGAGGAUGGAAAGAAUAAGUUGGACAGAAAGGGUUACAAAUGAGGAAGUGCUAGUAAGAGAAUAAGAGACAAAUACUGAGAAUUAUUGAGGACAGAAGAGGCAAGAUGAUUGGACACCUAAUAUCCAAUUUGUUUAUAGACACGACGAAUUCAUUAAAAACAUCAUAGAAGGAAAGAGAGGAAGGGGAAGACCAAGAAGAGCUUACAUGGAACAGAUUAAAGAAAAGGUUAACGUCGUGUCUUAUAGGGAUGUCAAGGAAUUGCCCUUUGAUAGACUGGAAUGGAAAAUGCUACACCGACAAGAGCGUGGCUCUUAAACUGAUGAUGCUCUUUCAACUAGGGAAUGCAAUCCCGAUAUCGCGGGAUCUCGUCUAAUUUUUCGGGAUCAAUCCCGAAGCAUAACGACGAGAUCCCGUUCGAGAUCAAUUCGAGAUUGACGGGAUUGGGCGGCAGUAGCCUUUUCACGUAGCUUUGUUUUUUACGUAGCUACUUUCAAAAUCACUCGUAACUACUUUCUAACUUCCUUAGUUAUACUUUUUGUUUAGAUUAUGCCGAUUUGGAAAGAAAAAAGAAAACUAAUAAUAAUUAUUAUUAAUAGCCCUCAAUGUCCCACUGCAGGGCAAAGGCCUCUCUUCCCUUCUUGCUCGCGCCACCGAUUCGAGAUGCGGUUUAACUCGUCGCGCCAUCUUUUCCGUGGUUAAUAAUAGUGAAGAAUAAAGGUUUUUGUUUUCUUUCACAAAA